AUGGAUAACGAUGUUUCUACCGAGUCGCCGGACGACACUGCUUCGAAACAGCAGCUGGACUUGAGCAGCUUGCCACCCGUAUUCGUCUCAGCAUCGCAGUUCGAGAAGCAUUUGGAUGACCUUCACGAGUUGGAAGAAGGGCUUGCUGAGGCGAAUGCGCCGUUGACAUACGAUAUUCACGAGGCAAGGAUCGUGCUGUCAAAGGUGACGAAGAAGAAGCGGAUUCACUUCGACUUGCGUGAGAAUGGAGGUGUGUGGACGGAGGAAGUUCCUACUGAGCAGCUGAAGAAGUCAGAAAACAUGAAAGAUUUGGAUUCAUUGGAAUCACCUCGUCCGACCAAGAAGGUCAAACUUGAGGAUCCAAAGGAUGAAGUGAUUGUGAUCGAUGAUGAGUCUACGGCUUCGGAAGGCGAAGAAGCAGCAUCCCCGGCGCCAGGACAACGAAAAGUACCGACUGCCAAAGAAUCAUCGGCCGCCAAAGUCAGGACACCAUCUCCCACGCCACUCAAAGAAGAGGACUUGAUCCGGGUCGUCCACAUAGACUGGUUCGCUGAGUCCAAGAAACGCGGCGUACCAGCACCUCUGGAAGACUACCUCAGCUACCUAGGCCGUCGCGUGCCACGCCCCGUUGCUGCUCCAGCCACACCUCAAUCAGGCUCCUCCACCAGCAAACCCCCCUCAACCCAAUCCACCCCCUCCAAAGCCAUCCUCGACCGCGCCAAAGAAGACGCCCCCACCCCCUCAAGCACCCAACACUCCCGCACCACCGACCGUUUCUCCAAACGAAAGUUCAGCCAGUCGUCAAACAAACCGCUCGGCGUAGGCGGCAGCUGGGAAGCCGGCCACCACUCCAAACAUCCCCAACUCCUCCACGCCACCACCUCCGAAGCCGAAAGCGGCAACUCCUCCGAUCUCCCCGAGCCCCCGGAGUGGGUCAAGCAGGGCGUUAAGUACGCCUGCCAACGCCCUACUCCGUUGCGCUCGCCGAACGAGGCGUUCGUCUCUUUGCUGAAGAAGAUCCGGACGGCGCGGGAGUUGACGAAUGAUGAGAUUGGGGUAAGGGCGUAUAGCACUUCCAUCGCCUCGCUCGCCGCGUACCCGUAUAAAUUGACGAGUCCGAGGGAGAUUGUGAGGCUGCCGGGCUGUGAAGCGAAGAUUGCGAAUUUGUUCGUUGAGUGGACGAAUACGGGGAAGGUGAAGGCGGUGGAGGAGUUGGAGGCGAAUGAAGAACUACAGAUACUAAAGUUGUUCUACGAGAUCUGGGGUGUUGGGGCGACGACGGCGAGGGAGUUCUACUAUGAUCGUGGUUGGAGGGAUUUGGACGACAUUGUUGAGUUUGGCUGGGGUACGUUGACAAGAGUCCAGCAGAUUGGGGUUAAGUUCUAUGAUGAGUUUUUGGACCUGAUUCCGAGGGCGGAGGUGGAGGAGAUCGGGAGGGUGGUGCGGAAGCACUCUGUUGCUGUGCGGAACGAAGGCAUCCAGAGUCUCAUCGUGGGUGGGUAUCGGCGUGGGAAAGAGGCGAGCGGGGACGUGGAUAUCGUGGUCUCGCACCCUGAUGAGAACCAGACGAUGAAUUUGGUCACGGACAUUGUGUCGGCGCUGGAAGAGAGCGGGUGGAUCACGCACACACUGCUGCUGUCUCUCAACUCCACCAAUCGUGGACAGCAGACUCUGCCUUUUCGGGCCUCAGCGCUGCAUGGUGGGCAUGGCUUCGACACUUUAGACAAAGCGCUCGUCGUCUGGCAAGACCCUGCGUGGCCGAAUAAAGAAGCUGAUCUGGCUGCGAACCCGAAGGCGAAGAACCCGAAUAUUCAUCGUCGGGUCGAUAUCAUCAUCGCGCCUUGGCGGACUGUCGGAUGUGCGGUGGCGGGUUGGAGUGGAGGGACGACAUUUCAGCGGGAUUUGAGACGGUAUGCGAAGAAUGUGAAGGGGUGGAAGUUUGAUUCGAGUGGUGUGAGGAGUCGGGUCAAUGGGGAGGUGGUCGAUGUGGAGGGGUGGCAGGAUUAUCGUGGUAAGAUUGGGGAGGGCAGGGCGAAGACGAUGCUUGAGGCGGAGAGGAGGGUGUUUGAGGGGUUGGGGUUGGAGUUUAUUGAGCCGGAUGAGCGGUGCACUGGUUAA